AUGUGUUUCAAUGUCGUACAGUUAGUGGAAACAGUGUUCCUACGAAACGAUUUACCACCUGAAACAGUUUAUAAAAAUGAGCUUAAUCGUAAAAAACGAUUUGAGAAUCAUUUAGCAAUAUUAAAGUCACACAAAACACAUAAUUCAUUUCCAACAGCAUUAUCAGCUAUGCCUCAUCCAACCAUUGGUAGUGAUUCAGAAGAAUUUGUUAAAGAAUGGAAUGAUAUAUUGAAUCAAUAUCGACAUAAAUUGAUGGAUAUUACGACUCAAUAUUUAAAUGAUACAUUAGAUGAAACCAAAGAAGAAAACCCUGUAUCUGCUACUACUAUAAUACAACAACCCGAUACUUCGCUAUCUUCUGUCAAUAAACGAUCACCACCGACACAACAACAAGAGCAACAAAAACAAAUUAGUUCGAAUUCAACAUCUACUUAUUAUCGAAAUCGUCGUCGAUAUUUUCCAUCUUACUAUUAUAAUAAUUAUUAUUAUGAUGAUAAUUACAGAUAUAAUGACUCUUAUCCAUAUAGGUUUAAUAGUUAUAAUUAUCGUUCAUCUCCAAAUUAUUCUCGUUAUAAUAAUAAUAAUUAUUUUUAUAAUCAGCAGCAACGACGACGACAAUCACAGAUACAAUCUGUGUUCACAGAUUGUUUCUUCCGUUGGUAA